AUGAGAAGGUGUGGCUUCGUCCUGUGGUUGGUCCUCGCCUGCCUAACAAGCGACGCAUUGCAACAGUACAGGGAAAAGAAUAUAAGCGGCGCCGAGACAGACGCUGUACAGGCGAUCUUGGCCAGAUACCUUCAGAGGCGUCUUCAGGGCUCGCAGCUGUCGACGCCGCCGCCUCCAGCGGUCCUCUUCAGUAGCAAUAACCAGGCCAGAUUGAGACAGGCUGGUCAGAGGGCGACUAGCAAUGCUUUGCCGAGGAACGUCAGCGAGAAAGACAGGAGGGAACGAGUGGAUGAUUACGAGGAUUACGAGGACGACCUUGAAGGCUACGAGGACAGUGAGAGGAGCAGGACCAGAUUCGAUCUGUUCGCCGACGACUGUCCAAACUGCGUGGACGAGCACAGUAGCAGCCUAGCAGCGUCAAGAUGGACGAUGCCUCUGCUGAAGCUCGGCGAGAAGAGAUACUACCUGGGGAUCUUCUUCAAGGCGAACUGGUACAGGGCGUCGCAGUAUUGCCGAUAUCACGGGAUGCAUCUGGCGAGUAUAGCGUCGCAGGAGGAAAACGACAGGCUGGAGAAGCAUAUUAAAGACUUUGGCCUUGGACACGAGCACUUUUGGACCUCUGGCACCGACCAGGCCGAGGAAGGCACUUUCUUCUGGAUGGCGAACGGCAGGCCAAUCACGUUCGAAAACUGGAACGUCGGCGAGCCGAAUAAUUUCAGAUACGAGAACGGCGAGGAAGAGCACUGCCUGGAGCUGUGGAACAGGGAUGGCAAGGGGUUGAAGUGGAACGACAGCCCGUGCAGCUUCGAGACGUUCUUCGUUUGCGAGGUGCAGUGA